CGCGGCACCGCCCGCUCGCGCAGACCCCGAGCGUGGCCGCAGCGAAGAUGGCGACUGCCAUGUACUUGGAGCACUAUCUGGACAGCAUCGAGAACCUUCCCUGUGAACUUCAGAGGAACUUCCAGCUGAUGCGAGAGCUAGACCAGAGAACAGAAGAUAAGAAAGCAGAGAUCGACAUCCUGGCUGCAGAGUAUAUUUCCACAGUGAAGACUCUCUCAUCAGCCCAGCGUGUGGAGCACCUCCAGAAGAUCCAGAGCGCCUACAGCAAGUGCAAGGAGUACAGUGAUGACAAGGUGCAGCUGGCCAUGCAGACCUACGAGAUGGUGGAUAAACACAUCCGAAGGCUUGAUGCUGACCUGGCGCGCUUUGAGGCUGACCUGAAGGACAGGAUGGACGGAAGUGACUUUGAGAGCACUGGAGCACGGAACUUGAAAAAAGGCCGGAGUCAGAAGGAAAAAAGAAGCUCCCGGGGCCGAGGCAGGCGGACGUCAGAAGAGGAUACCCCAAAGAAGAAGAAACAUAAAAGCGGGUCUGAGUUUACUGACAGUAUCCUAUCUGUACACCCCUCUGAUGUGCUGGACAUGCCCGUGGAUCCGAAUGAGCCUACAUACUGCUUGUGCCACCAGGUGUCCUACGGGGAGAUGAUCGGCUGUGACAAUCCAGAUUGUCCCAUUGAGUGGUUUCACUUUGCCUGCGUGGAUCUCACCACAAAGCCCAAAGGAAAGUGGUUUUGUCCACGGUGUGUUCAGGAAAAGAGGAAGAAGAAGUAAAGAAGAGGCUGUUGUGCCAGACUGAAGAGCAAGCUAAUAUAUUUCUUCACUCAUGUUGCAAUAUGAUCUUUCAUUUUAAAACUACCUUAUUUCGACUGAUAUUUAAUAAUUCAGUGGCCAGUUGUAAUUUUGGAUAUUUCCUAAAACAAGAAGCCGCUGCACCAUUUGCACAGAACAAUCUCACAGGGACUUGCCACAGUGACUUUAGGAGCAGGCUCCCCCAUCCCGAAACCUCCCAGCACUGGGAAUGGCCACACCAUCAGUGAUGUGUGUCAGUCUGGGCUGUAGGCAAAGUGCACGGUGCAGGGUGGACGCAUUUUAACCUGUUACACUGCCACUGCUCUGUGACUGGAGGGUCAGCCUUGAGUGUGCACGGUUUCCAGGACUGUCUGUGGCAGCAUGGAAGCACAGCUGUUGCUCUGUGAGUAAAGUAUUAUCAGGCACUGCCCCAUGCUGUGCUCUGACCCUUAUUGGAGACCAGGGACUCUUGGCCGAGAUCCCUCUGAUGUGUCUGGAAGGGACUGGGGACUCUUCCCAGGUGGAAGUACCCUCUGUCGUCUUGUGCACCACCUUUUCCUGUGAACUUCCAGCCCCCCCUGGAGAUUGAGCUUCCGUUAGCCUCGGACUGUCAGUUACCACAUCCAGCACUGCCCAGCAGCGGACAGACAGACAGCCAGGCUGAGCUUCCAGCUUUCUGGGGAUUCCUGCCUAUAUUUUUUUUUUUACUGUGAAGAUGAAAUUAUUGUACUAGCAUGAAGGUCAUGGGUCUGUGUGUCUAUGAAGUGAGUCUGUCUACUGUGAGCUGAUUGUAGAACUCUGCUGUGUUGCAUCCCACUAGGCCAGCAGCUUAUGUUCAAGGGGACUAUGAUUAUGAGACAUAAUUUGUGAUUUGUGUGCCCAAUAGCAGUUCUGGAAUGAAGGUAGGAAACUGGAGUGUACUCUUUGUUUGACCCCUAUCCACAAAACCAGUGUUGAACUGUCUUGAAAUAGUUGGGGGAUGUAUACACAGGGCCUGUUGAGAUGCAUCUGUGGUGGUUCCUUAAGCGUGACAGGAUCCUGAGAGCCACUGUUCACUUAGAAUUCCUCUGGCGUGUUCUUCAGUAACUCAGGCUCUCUGAGAAGAGUUGAGAGAGUCCAUCCGGUUCCUGGCCUCACCUCAGAAAAAGACCUGCAAGACAGAGCUGGGUUAUGCAAUUUCUGAUGUAAGAAGAGGCUGGCUUUUUAUAUUUUGACAGGCACAUUGUUUUCUUCUGAUGGCCACAAACAAAGCACAAGGGUGUUGUCUGCCCCAUACCCGUGUCACCAUGUUCAUGUUCUUACUGGACGAUGUCUUGCAUAGUCUAUCCUAGUGAAAGAGGGAGACAGGAGUGGCUUGUGUUUGUGCUACUGAAUAAGUUGGUCCACGUUGACCUUUCCUGGACAGUAGGUACCAGGCAGGUUUGCUGUCGUUGAUAGGCAACUGCACAAGCUUGUCUCUAGGCAGGAAGAGCUUUGGGGAUGGGGCUGGUAUUCUUGGGGACCCUCUCAGGGUCAGAUUAGAUAGACAUCACUUAGCCUUUAAAAGUGGCGCGGACCUCCCUCCCUCCCCACAAAGACCAGAUCUCAAGUAUCCUAGGCAGGCUCUGAACUCACGAUGUAGCUGAGAAUAACGUUGAUCUUUUUGGCCUUUCUUCACCUCCCAAAUGCUGAGGUUACUUACAGGUGUGCACCAAUAGGUCUGGUUUUGCAAUGGUAGGGACCAAACCCAGAACUUUUUUUUUUUUUUUUUUUUGGUUUU